AUGUCGAGUAAAAACACGGAAAUAAACCAACCUGUAAAAAGAUAUAAUCUUAGACAAAGAGGGGAUUUGUAUUACGGCCCAGACAGGAAAAAAUUGUCAGGAGCAGAAGCACGAUCAAUUAAAAAGAGAAAUAGCUUAAAAAGUUCGGUAUUACGGAAAAAUCAAUUCAAAAGCGGAGUAAACGAAAGUUUCAAUUUAAUAAACUUGAAUACACCAUUAAAUCCAGGUAACCCGAAUUUCGAGACAAGAUUAUAUCAAGAAGAAUCAGAAAAAUUAAGAUUCGAACUUGAAGAAGAAAGGAAAAAUAAAGAAAUUUCCGAAAUUAAACAGAAAAUUGAAGUAGAGCGAAUAGAAGCAGAGAAAUCCGAUUUGGAACGCAAAAACAAAGACUUAAAUGAUUUUUGGAGCCAAAAAUUGGAAGCCGACCGUCUCGCAAAAGAAAAAUUUGAAAAAAGUCAAGAAAUUAAAGUUUUUGGCGAGAACGUUAAGACUAGUUCGAGUUGGCAAAGUUUUAGUUCAUUAACUAAAUCGUUUUUUAGCAGUAGACAAAGCCAAGAAGUCAAAAAUCAAAUUGACAAAGAGAUUCUAGAAAAAAGACCAUCGCCAUUGGAAAACGUAACUAAAACGCAUGAACCAGAAUUAACCAAAGUUAUAAUUAACACCUCAAUAAAAGUCCAUAUUAAUUCGCCCGCAAUAAAUAUACAUCAUCAUAACGAUUCCAUUAUAACCAACGACGACGAUAAUUAUAACGACAGCUACAGUAAUUAUAUUGCAAGAAAUACAACUUUGCCAGACAGCAACAGCAGUGACAGCAAGAGUGAAGCAUCAAUUGAACAAGAACAAGAAAUAUCGAUAGAAAACUUGGAAGAACAAUGUUGGGAAGACGAGCUUACUCAACAAGUUUUACAAGCACAAAAUCUGAUAGCUAAAAUUGAUCUCGAAAAUACAAAGAAAAAAGAAAAAGAAUUAAGAACAAGUCCAGUCGCAACUAAUAAUUUAAAUAAGGGAAAUAAGAACAACGAUAAUAAAAAUACAGGUAAUCUUAAUAUCGAGCCCGAACAAAGAAUUCCAAUAAAUAACAAAAUGGCGGACGCAACAGCAAAAAGAUUGGCAGAGAUCCAAGAAACAACACAUCUCAUGACUCUUAUGAACAAAUUAUGUAAAAGUAUUUCCACUUAUACAGGUAAAUCACAAGAACUCACAAGAUUCAGAAUAGAAUGUGAGGAAAGUCGAGACUAUGUGGGUAAGGACCUAGAAAAGAAUUUGGUUGAAAUGAUAGUACGUACCAAAGUAAGUAGAGAAGUACGUGAUGAUAUGACUCAAAAAAAAUUUGAAAGCAUUGAAGAUUUGAUGAAGUCACUCAGGGAAUUGAUAAGCAAAACCAAAAACGAAAAAGUGUUAAUCGGGGAAGCUUUCAAACUCAUUCAGAGAAAUAAUGAACCCAUAAGAAACUUCGUCAAAAGAAUUCGAGAAUGCACAAAUUUUAUUGAAGAAAUGCAUACACCCGCAGAAAAUGAAAGACCAAAGCAAAUCAAAAAUGAAAUGAAAGAACUAGCAAAAAACGUACUAAGGUCGGGAAUCAAGCCUGAACUUGGUGAUUACAUAAACUGGUCUGAAGAUUAUGAAUAG